GGACCCAGCCUUUAGGUGCCCGUUCGCUGCCUGCGCGGCCUUUGAUUGGUGCGUUGCCUGGGUUCGUGGGCCUUCUCUGUUAGCUGUCCUUGCAGUGCCUGCUGGUCCCCAGCUGCUGAGGAAGCUGUAGGCAUUGCGGUUUCGCCAUUGCUUUGAUUCCCGGACGUUCCUGCGAGUGUCCCACCAGACCUCCCCCUCACAUUACCCUUGGCAGCUCUUCCUUAGACCGGCAGCAUGUUGGAGGAAGCAGGAGAGGUGUUUGAUAAUAUGCUAAAGGCGUCAUUCCCGCUUACCUUCAUCGUCUUCAUCCCUGCCGUGCUGCUCCUCGUGUCCCCGCUGCAGGCCGAUGCUGCUCAUGAGUUCACCGUGUACCGCAUGCAGCAAUACGACCUGCAGGGACAAAGCUACGGUACUCGCAGUUCUGUACUGAACACAGAGGCUCGUACAGUAGAGGCAGACCUUCUGAGUCGGCGAUGUGUGCUUAUGCGCUUAGCAGACUUCUCCUAUCAGCAGUAUCAGAAAGCACUUCGUCAGUCAGCGGGUGCAGUGGUCAUAAUCCUGCCUCAUGAAAUGGCAGCCCUGCCACAAGAUAUAGUGCAGCAAUUCAUGGAUAUAGAGCCAGAGAUGCUUUCUAUGGAGACUCAAGUACCAGUAUACUUUGCAGUGGAGGAUGCAGAGCUUAUAUCCAUAUAUGAACAGACUCUUGCAGCGUCUGCAAAUCAGGGCACCUCUUCUGCUGCUGAAGUACUUCUUCAUACUGCCACUGCCAAUGGUUUCCAGAUGGUUACUAGUGGAUCCCAGAGUAAGGCUGUUAGUGAUUGGCUUGUAACCAGUGUGGAGGGACGUUUGACUGGUCUUGGCUCCGAAGACCUUCCUACCAUUGCCAUUGUUGCUCACUAUGACUCCUUUGGAGUUGCUCCGUGGCUGUCAUAUGGUGCCGAUUCCAAUGGAAGCGGGAUGGCUGUCCUUCUGGAGCUGGCACGUCUCUUCUCUCGACUCUACACCUACAAGCGAACACAUGCCAGUUACAAUCUGCUGUUUUUCGCAUCAGGAGGAGGAAAGUUUAAUUAUCAGGGAACAAAGAGAUGGUUAGAGGAUCAUCUGGAUCACACAGAUUCUAGCCUACUUCAAGACAAUGUGGCCUUUGUACUUUGUCUGGAUACAGUUGGAAGUGGAAACAGUUUGCACCUCCAUGUUUCCAAGCCUCCCAAAGAGGGCACCUUGCAGCAUACUUUCCUCAAUGAGCUGGAAAUGAUCAUCUCCAAUCAGUUCCCUGAAGUGAAGUUUUCCAUGGUUCAUAAGAAGAUCAACCUGGCUGAAGAUACUUUGGCCUGGGAGCAUGAGCGUUUUGCUAUCCGAAGACUUCCCUCUUUCACCAUCUCUCACCUAGAUGGACAUCGCAGUGGCCAUCGAAACAGUGUGCUGGAUCUCAGGUGGAAAGUAGACACAGAUGUCUUAGCGCGUAACACGCGUAUUAUGGCUGAGGCUUUAACCCGAGUCAUUUAUAAUCUAACAGACAAGGGUGCCCCAGCUGACCUACAGAUUUUUUCACAGCAGAUGCAAGUCCAGAAGGAAGAGCUAGAUGCACUGAUGCAGUGGUUGACCAUCCAGCCCCGGGCUGCACAGCUAGUAGAUAAAGACAGCACUGUAAUCAGCACUCUGGAGUAUUACAUGAGCAGAUACUUGAAGGAUGUGAAACUUUAUCAUGUGAAAGCUGACAAAAGAGACCCUGAAUUUGUGUUCUAUGACCAGCUGAAGCAAACCAUGAAUGCAUACCGGGUGAAGCCAGCAAUAUUUGAUCUCCUCUUAGCUGUUUGCAUUGCAGCAUACCUUGGCCUUUCUUAUUUUGCAGUUCAGAACUUUGGAGUUCUUUACAAACUGGUCCAAAGAGUUUCUUGGAAGCCCAAACAGGCUUGAGAACACAUUCCUAAGCUGCUGAAAGUCUGAUGGUCCAGGAUUUUUUUUUUUCUUAAGCACUGGAGUUUGAAGGUCAUCAUAAACUCUGUUGCAUGGAUAUCAACUGUAUCAUCACCCUUUUCUUUUCUAAACUGCGUAAAACACAAUGGAAUGUGCUCGCUAGACCUGGUGGUGCUGUGUCGCAGUUUACGUCCAUGUGAAAUGGACCUCUCGUUGCGGGUACUCAGGAUGAAUAAAAUGUGGUUUCAAUAUUUAUACCAGGGAAUCCCCCACCAUUUUGCCUUUCUUUUGAUUUUGUUUUAAAUCAUGCACUGACUUCCUCCCUGUUAAUUCCUUGGUCAAUAAUGUUUAAUUAAAAUACGGAUUGAUGGAUAAUAUUAAACAAU